CUGGAAUCAAUACAAAACUGCAACGUGUAAGUUUAUUGAAAGCGACCAGGGUUAUCUGCUAUUAGGCUGAUAUUCGCGACAGAUAAAAGUCGCUACCAGCUUAUCCUUGCUGCCACGUGAAAGAAUGCGGUUAUGCUGCUAGCAUAUGACAUGAGAUAAUUAGAGCUAUCCAACUGCGACUACUUAGUUGUCUCCUCCUGUGCUCCGGCAAUGGAUGGUAGCUUGGGCACACCAUGCAGCUGCGCUUCCUCGAGGCGGGCUGUUCCACGCAGCAGUCAUGCACGCUGCGCUCUGCAGUCAACGUUUCUUAUAAAACCUUUACGUGUGCCCUCUCCAUCAAGCACCAUGUCACCACCAUUAAUCCCAGCGCUUCACAGCGUCGUGGAAGGCAGGAUCAUAACCACCUGUAAACCAAGAAAUGCUACACGGAUCCAUACAUUGCGGGCACUUCCAUUAUCCAAGUCCAGUAUCCAGGUUAGCAGCAACGGCAGCACUGAUAGCUACAGCAAUGCCUCAAGCAUCAGCAGCAGCAUCCUCAACCGCCUGCCCAUCCGCAUCCGACCCGCUAGGGAGGCGGACUACUGGCCAGCUGCUGACCUGCACUGCCGUGUCUUUCACCCGGAGGAAACCAGCAGCGUUUCUUGGAAGGCCCUCUCCAUGCGAGUAGACCGCAUCGCAGCACUGCAGAUCAACGACCGAGUAGCGCAGCAGGGGCCGGGCAGGUGUGUGCUGCUGCUGGCGUUUGACAGACGACGACGUCGCUCCCAAGUACGGCAGCAGCGGCUGCAGCAAGAGGGAGACGAACAGUCAGCGGCGGUAGCAGCGGUAGCAGCAGCCAAGCCCUCUGCGCUCGAUGAGGUGUUAUCGGAGGCUGAGGAGGCGGAAGAGGAGGAGGCGCAGUUCCAGGCAGCUGCGGAGGCGGCGGCGACCCACGGGUCACCCCACUGCUGCGACUUCCCUCAGCCCAUGUUCUGGCUGGGCGGCGGGCUGGCGGCGGGAGUGCGGGCGGGGGUGGGGGUGUCACCGGAGGCGGUAGGCCUGCUGGGGGUGGCUGCUGUGGACUCCUUCGGCGACCUGGUGCCCCCGCGGGAGCUGGACUGGCGCACGGACGGACAGAUGGGCUGGUACCGGCGGGACGGCUACGCCUACGUGAGCAACCUGGCAGUGGCUCCCGCGGCCCGGCGUCGGGGGGUGGCUCGGGCGCUGGUGGCGGCAGCGGAGGCGGUGGCGGCGGAGUGGGGCUGCAGGGCGGUGGGGCUGCACUGCAACCCCAACAAGCCGGCACCCUGGGCGCUGUACCGGGGUCUGGGCUACCGCAACAGCGGGGUGCUGGAGCCCGCGAUCAUGCCGUACCUGCACGGCAGGCCGCCCGACCGCUGCGCCUUCCUGGUGAAGCGGCUGCACCCCGCGACGGCAGCAGCGGCGGCGGCGGCGGAGGAGGAGGAGGCAGGAGAGGCAGCAGGGGAGGCGGCGGCGGCGGCGCCAGUAGCAGCAGUAGCAGGCGCUGACACCAUGGGAGCGGGAGCAGCAGCGUGAGAGGCAAGAGCGGCCGAGCAGAGGAGUGGUGAGUGACGGCGGUAACGACAUGAGCACAGGCAGGUG